GCCAGAUGGCGUGGCAUCCGACACCAAGAUCCGGGAUGAUGUUGCGGAGCGGGCCGCUGUGGCACUUGCACACGGUGAGUCGCAUGCCUCCGCGUACGGAGCAUCCACAGUUGCUGUGCUCUGCCAGCAAGGAAAUCAAAUUGGAGUUGCCAACCUGGGCGAUUCUGGCUUUAUGCUGCUGCGCAAGGGCCCACGCGGUAUGAAUAUCAUCAUGAAGUCGGAGGAACAGCAGCACAGUUGGAACUGCCCUUACCAGCUCACACGCCUUCCGAAGGCCUUGCUCAAUCGCUUCCCAAAGUUGCAGCUGGACAAGGCCAGCGAUUGUGAGCGCUACACGGUAGAGGUGAAGGAGGGCGACCUCGUCCUGAUGUUCUCAGACGGCCUGCGCGACAAUUUGCAUGACCGUGAGGUCAUUAGCAUUGUUGACCGCGCUUUGCCACCUGCCCAGGCAGACAUGCUGGGAUUGCUUGACAGGUGCACGCCGCCAGAGACUAUCUCGAAGUCUCUGGCUUUGGCGGCCCAGGAACGAUCCAUGGACCCCACAGCCAAGGUGCCUUUUGUUGAAUACAGUAAGCGCCACGGCUUUGAAUGCCUGGGUGGGAAACAGGACGACAUCACCGUGGUGGCUGCGUGGGCCGCACACUUAGUUUUCGCAAAUUUGGCAUGCUGGAAAACAGUGAAGCCAUGUGCAAGCAGGUGGUAG